AUGUCUUCAAAAUUGCCACGCAGUCGAACAUCACCGGUACUGAUAACAAUUCAACGUUGGCACCUGUCUUCGAUAAUGGCCAAUGCCGAACCCCAAGAACGAAGUAUUUCCACUUCAAUAGCGGGAAUGGAACAGUUGUUGAUGUCCGAGAAAAUUCUAAUCGACACUGUUGAGAAAUAUGCCGACGAAUUACAGGCGAAAGUGAAUGCGUUGAAAAAUUUAGUAAACGACUUAAGGAAGGAAAAUGAUAAAGGUAUACAAAAUCCUGAAACGUAUCUUCACAAUCCUCUAAAUGGAUUUUCGCUAAUACGUCGUAUGUAUUAUGAAUGGAACAAUAUUGAAAUGUAUAUGGAGAAACCAGUUGGUGAAUCUCAUAUAGAGGUAAUACGAUCAUAUCGACCUGAAAUGCCAACAUCGAAUGAUAUAACUGAAGCUUCAGAGGCCAUACAUCGUCUGCAGACCACAUAUGAUAUGCGCAUCGAUGAUGUUGUCAAGGGUAUAUUGAACGGGAAGCAAUAUAAUGCAAAAUUAAGUUCAGUGGAUUGCUAUUUUAUGGGCCUGCAUUUGGUUUCAAAGAAAAACUUUUACCUCGCUGGAUUUUGGCUGUACAAUGCCAUUGAAAACUAUAAGAAUACAGAUUAUUAUAAAAUCAUUGAUUAUGGUCGGGAUAAACCGAACGCGUUGUAUGCUGAUGUUUUAGCCAAACAAGUUCGUUUCAAUGAUGCAUCAUCGGUUACUAAACCCAAUCCCAGUGCCUAUGAACUGGGAUGUCGGGGCCUUUAUGACAACAAACCAUCUCAGCUGUAUUGUAUCUAUAAUACAACAACAUCGGCCUUUUUACGCAUCGCUCCAUUAAAAAUGGAAAUAUUACGAUUAGAACCAUAUAUGGUGCUGUUCCAUGAUAUAAUAUCGGAUCAAGAAAUUCUCGAUUUACAAACAUUGGCAAGACCGAAUCUCAAACGUGCAACUGUUUACAGUAAAUCCGAAUCGAAAUCUGUAGUUGCCGAUAAGAGAACAUCGAAAUUUUCAUGGUUCCAGGAUAAUACUUCGAAUACCACGAUACGUUUAAAUCAACGCAUUCGCGAUAUGACCGGUUUCGAUAUACAAGGAUCGGAAAUGUUGCAAGUAAUGAAUUAUGGUCUGGGCGGACAUUAUGAUACGCAUUUCGAUUUCUUUAAUGUUUCCGAUACAUCUGAAGUUGUACAGCUAAAUGGUAAUCGCAUUGCAACGGUUUUAUUUUAUAUGUCCGAUGUGGAGCAAGGUGGUGCCACAGUCUUUCCCAAUAUCAAAACAGCAGUUUUUCCUCGCAAGGGCACCGCUGUCAUGUGGUAUAAUCUGAACAACAAAGUUGAAGGUGAUUGGCUUACCCUACAUGCAGCAUGUCCGGUCAUUGUUGGUUCGAAGUGGGUUUGUAACAAAUGGAUACGAUCUAAGGCCCAAAUGUUCAGAAAACCUUGCUAUAAGUAA